AUGUUUGGUGGUAAUAAGGAUAAAGUGAAGUUUGCACCUGUCAGGGAAGUCAAAUCGAAAGAUGACUAUAUUGUUGUGAACGACAUAAAGCAGUUAGAAUGGUUCGUUUUAUCACACAAGGAGGAAUUGAAGAGCAAUGGAUUAUUCAAAGCAGUAAAGAAGUCUGUUGAGACUAGAGUAGAGACACAGACGUUGUAUUUCACGGAUUUACAAAGUGGGAAAUGUGGCUUUGUACAGAUGCUUUAUUCGAGUGUUGUAGGCGGUGUCUAUAAGGGUUUUCAACUGAACUUCAAAGUGUUUCGUAGUCGUGAGGAUAAAACUGAGGAUAUUGAUAUAUGGCAAAGUUUCAAAUUGGAGGACCUCGAGAGUUUUGAGCCCCUGAAAGUAGUAACUCGUGGAGCUUCUUUUGAAUUCAAGAGUGCUUCUCAUGAUGAUACCCUUACUGCGACCCUAGUGAUUAAAGUUGAUAUUCCUGAAGGGUCUGACAAGACUUCUGGCUUGAAAAUUGAUUUGAUGGUUGAUCUAUACGAAGGAUUUAUGAUUAAACCGAAUGGUUGUAAUUAUUACCUGGAGAAAGCAGUUAGUCCAGAUGAACUGAAGAAAGCAGACGAGGGUGUACAUUCCAAAAAAAUGCUUAGACAUCUUUUCGCUCCUAGAGUCAAGUGUCACGGUACCAUCAGUUACAACAAUUCAAAGGGUAACAAAGUUACACUGGAUUUGAUCGAUGUGCCCGGUUCAUACAUUGAUGCAGUACAAGGUUUACCUCCACAGAAGGCGGCACGUAAAUGGAACUUUCUAUGUUACCAAAAUCGUCUGAGCUCAGUGCUCUGCAUGGAGUUUACCACCGGUGAUAGUCAAAAGCAGACUACCGUGACUGUUUGGUGCCAAACAGAAAACGAUAAGAUAAAAGCUGUUGGUUCGAGUGUGAACGAAACCCCAGUGAAGUUUAAUUCUACUGAGAAGGAUGAACAAACUGGUUGGUCUCACCCAAAGAGCAUAACUUUCCCACUGAAUUUCACUGAAAAAAAUCUGAGAUUGGUAAACAGAUAUGAUGUCCUUGGUGAGAUGCCAAGUAUUGUCAAGUCUUUGGUCGAAAACAUUGCAAGCGUGAAACCUUUCAUAUACCAGUACUGUCAGGAUUCUGAGUUUGAAGGCGAAAAGGGAAUUUCAAUCAUCGAGAGUACUUUUAUUAGUUAA